GGAUUUUCCAUUUAAUCAGCUUACAAAUAGGAAUGUGAUUUUUUUUUUUUUUAACUUAAAAACCUAAACAAAACCUUUGCCUGUGCUCAAGCUCUCCUUUCUGUCCCUCUGAGGAGGGGCUUUUGGCCUUCCCUGAUGAGCUCACAGGUCUCUGGGGCACAGGGGUUGGGCGAGGGCGCGGCCGGUCUACAGGGCGGGCAGGGGGCGGCCGCUGUGACCUCGGGCGUAGCAAACACCGCCCUCCGCGGCCAGCGAUAGGUCCCACCCCACCUAGGCGACCUGCGGCCGGGGGCGGGGAGACGCGGCGGGGACGCGCGGCGCGGUGGUUGAGCGUCCGGGAGAUGUGGGCACCGAGCGGGCCGGGGCCCUCGGGCUGGGACCGCCGCAGGGUGGGCGCACGACUACGAGCCGCACUGGCCGGGCUGCAGGAGCUACAGGGGCUGCGCGCCACGCAGCAAGCGCGCGUGCGGGGAGCCCUGGGCCUGCACCCUGCGCCAGGGCCCCGCGGCCAGGAGCUGCGGCUGGAGGCGGCGCUGACUGCGCUACGGGAGCAGCUGUCACGGCUAAGGAGACAGGAUGCUGGCCUGAAGACACACUUGGACCAGCUGGAUCAGCAGAUAAGUGAACUGCAGCUGGAUGUGAGCAGGUCUUCCUGCGAGGCCUUGGACAGUGACAGCAGGCCCAGCUCAGGUUUCUACGAGCUGAGUGACGCUGCUUCCUGCUCUCUCUCCACCUCCUGUGCAUCUGUUUGCAGUGACCGUCUAUCCCCGUCCCUGGGCAGCUGGCUGCCUGUGUUCCAGCCCUCUAAGUCCAGGUCUGGUAUUGGGGACUGGCGACCCCGCUCUGCCGAUGAGACUACUGUCCCUGCAUGGAGCCCACAGCCGACAGAAGAUAGCAGGCUCCUGCAUGGUGCAGAGGGCACAGGCCGGGCGAGGGGCAUGUUCCGGCCCAGACCAGUGUCUACAGGCGAUCUUGAGAGAGUCCUUCCAGCUGACGUGGGGCUCCAGAGAGCUGGUACUGAUGCUGCACAUGUCCUAUGCCAGGGGAUAGAGAUCCCAGCCCACACCCUGGACCCCAAAUACCAGCGUGAUCUGGUGGCCAGGGGAGGCCAGGAGGUGUACCCGUACCCCAGCCCUCUCCAUGCAGUGGCUCUGCAGAGUCCUCUCUUCGCUCUACCUAAGGAAGCUCAGUGUUUUGACAUCUGCUCACCCCCCCAGGAGCCUCCUCUAGUCCCUGUUGAUGAGAACAGGACUCAAACUGUGCCGAUGGGUGAGCUGGGCUCAGCUGAAGCCUAUAUCCACAGGCUGUUGCGUCUGCGGGGCCAAGAGCUCCCCCUGAGAGAUGUGGGGCAGGAGCAGGGAGGCGACACAGCUGCUUUUCCACAGAAGCCCUGUGGCCAGAGGUCAGAAAGUACAGGUCAGCUGGAGAUGCCGGCCUGUGGAGCUGACAGGGGAGGAGUGAAACUAGGUAGGGGUGCUGCCAAAGACAGCCUCAAGCAACAUGGGCCCGUGUCCCUUGUGGGUGCUGAGCCCCUCGGCAGCCCCCUAAACAAGGAAACCAUACCUUGGAAUCCUUGUGUCCGUGCAGACAAUACUGUUGGUUCCUCCCCCUGCUCCCAGGCCCAACAGCCUCUUAAUGACUGUGGCCAAGAACCAGCCCUGUCACCUUCCAGGAUGUUGGGCCCUGAGAGCCCUCCUCUGGCCCCAGGGCCCUUUGCCUAUACGUCCUGCACCACUGGUAAAACCUCCCCAGUGAGGCUGAUGAUGGGCUCUCCCCAAAACAAGGCCAUGAAGGUCAGGAGAAGAGUUAGUGAGAAAGUACCGAGGCUAGGGAAGCAGCUCCCACCACAACCUGAAAGACAGCGGGGCAUUCGUGCUGUGUUGCCCACGGAGCAUGACCCCUCCUCCAGGCCCCAUCAGGGAGGUCUCAGCAGGAGGCCCACACUGGCCAGAGAGCCUCCUGGACGCUCCUGCUCUGAGUCCACCCUCUACCCUGUGCCCUUCCUUGUCCCUCUAGUGGUGGCCCAGAGGGAAAAUUACCCAGCAUCCUCCCAAGCUCUCUUCCCAACGGAGGCAGCCCUCAGCUCAACCGCCAGGCGGAAGCAGCGCAGGUGGCAAUCCACUAUGGAGAUCUCAGCCAAAGCCCGUUCAGUCAGCCGACCUGGGCCCAGCUUGGGGCUCCCUAGGUCCCCAGCCAAGAGAGGAAGUGGUCCCCGGGCCCAGAGCAGGCCCACACUUGCGCGUCAGGAUGCCUGUGCGAGGAGUGAGUCAGACCCUUCCGAGCACUCUGCAGAGUGCGCCUCACUCUUUCACUCGACCAUUGCCGAAACCAGUGAGGACGAGGAGGCUAGUGACCACACUGCCAACCGCUUUGGGGACGAGUCCAGCAGCAACGAUUCAGAAGGCUAUGUCCAGGGCAGCCGCCAUGGCCUGGUAAUAGGCAGUGCAGAGGCUGGGCAAGGGGAGUGGGCCUGGCCUCGGGUGCCACCGCAGCAGCCCUCACGGGCCCCAGGAAGCACCAGGCCACCCUUGCCCCCCGUGCCCAAACUGUGCCGCAUCAAGGCCUCCAAGGCCCUGAAGAAGAAGAUCCGAAGGUUCCAGCCAGCAGCCCUGAAGGUCAUGACCAUGGUGUGAUGCCAAUGUUUUCGGGACAAGCCUAGGACCCCAGGAGGUGCCAUGUGAUGGGGGUACCCUGUGCCACGUGAUGAGCAGGUGGAGGGUGGUAUCAACCUGCUAUUUUGCUUAGGUUUCUCGGUCACCCUCACUGUGGUUGUGAGUCGUCUGGGGGGACAUUCCCUCCAGCCACUUUCAUUGCAUGAUCCCAGCCACAACUUUGUUUGCCCACCAUACCCUGCCUGAUUUGUGCAGAGAGGUCUCUAAUAAUAAGACAUUUCUCCCCAGAGACAUCUUAGAAAUAUGGCAUCCUGUUGGGGAGAACCAGAUUUGCAUUAAACUCAUAUUACAGUUGUAUGAACAAACACUUACACCAUGCUGCUAUAGUUCCAAAUAAAGAAAUCACGUUUCCUUUCUCCUCG